AUGACCAAGACAGAUCUAGAUGCGAUCGAGUCUUAUAAUCUUGUUGGUCGCCAAAUGGGUCCUUGGGCGUUCUGCGAGCCAAUCUCAUGGUUUGUCCGUUCUCCGCUCUCCAGCGAAGAAUACACCUGGCUGAAGUAUCCAAGACAGGAGCAAGGCACAAUCUGA